ACAUCCGCUCUAUGAGUCCUGACAGCCCUAGCGCCCUCCUAGGGACGCUCCAGCCACAUUUGAACCACAGAGUUCAGAAUCUACACUCUAGCCAGUUGAAAACUCGAUGGUACCCACUAAUCCUUCCGCCGGCAGUAACCAAUGGGCGGGGGCCAGGCUCUGACGCCACCUGUUGUCGUUGGGGCUGGCCCGUAACAACCCUUCCAUCCCAUAAUAACGCCCUCGGGCUGCCCCGUGCGUUAGCUGGGGCCGGGAGGGGAUCAGGGGAUACCGGGGCAGGGCGAGGAGGCGCCCGGAAGUGGGUCAGGAGCCGGAAGCGAGCGGAACACCCGGAAGUGGAGCGGGGGAGCUCAGGAGGCGGAAGCGGUUGACUCGACUCAGUCCCAUGUGGAGAGAGUGUGUCCAGUGUUGGUGGAUGCCUCGAGGACUGAAUUCAGUGCUGGAUCCUCAACUAUCAGAGACGGACAGCCUCUUUUUAUCCCCCAAACAGCCUUCCAGAGCACGUGUGCCUUCCAGCCAUUCAGCACUUCACCCGCCCAGCAGGGAUCCUGUCCCUGAGGGCUAACGCACCAGGAUGUCCCAAGCAACCAAACGCAAGCAUGUGGUGAAAGAGGUGUUGGAGGAAUACGUGGUGCCAUCUCCUCAACAGCAGAUUGUCCGGGUCCUGGGGACUCCAGGAAACAACCUCCAUGAGGUGGAAACAGCCGAGGGGACUAGAUUCUUAGUGAGCAUGCCCACAAAAUUCCGCAAGAACAUCUGGAUCAAACGAGGUGACUUUCUGCUGGUGGACCCCAUCGAAGAGGGCGAGAAGGUGAAGGCUGAGAUCAACUUUGUGUUGUACAAGGACCAUGUGCGGUACCUAAAGAAAGAAGGGCUCUGGCCUGAGGCCUUCUCUGACACUGCAGAAAGUCAGCCCAGCUCUGAGGCCAGGGAAGGGGAGCAAACAGCUGCCCGCUCCUCUGGGGAAGAGGACUCGGACGACGACAGUGACCUGUUUGUGAACACGAACAGACUGCGCUACGGCUGCACAGAGAGCGAGGACGACAGUGAGGAGGAGGCAGCAGUGGCCAGUGACCAGGAUGAGGAAGAAAAAUAGCGACCCAGGGCAGAAAAGCUGAUCUAGCCUCCUAAACACCU